CAUAGAUUAGAGAAACCCUGGGACUUCAAACCAGCGCGCAAUGUCUUGCCAGUUUUAUCACGCAAACAGACUAUGACAGUUGGAAAUAAACCCCUACAUACUUGUAGGAUGUCGAGAAUUUAGAGUAGAUUUAUUACAUUAAACCGACACAUUUAUUCUGUUUGAACUGUAGUCUGCUGUAAAGUCUCUUAAUAAUUGGAUACAAAUAUUAUUCACCAACAAGUGGGAUUUGGUUUGGAAAGGGAAAAGGGAGGCAAAGUGAACUGGCUGCAGUUAUGGAAGAUCAAAAGGGUCAAAGUAGCCGGGAUUCGAGCGAAGGGGAGAGCGUUUCCCUGUCUCCGAAUCUGCCUUCUCCUCCGAUCCUGCCUCAUCCGGCGCCGCAGCAAGCUCACAGAACAACCAACUUUUUCAUUGAUAAUAUUUUGAGGCCAGACUUUGGGUGUAAGAAGGAGCCCGGGAACAGAGACCGGGCGCAUACCUCAGGCAGAGAAAAUGUCAACCCUUUGAUAGUGAGGCCAUCGAACCCCAGCACACUAUGCCAGGAUUCAAACUGUAUUAGUGACAGCACUUCUUCUUCGUCUUCGUCAUCUUCGCCUUCGUCAUCUUCGCCUUCGUCGAAACAGAGCCAGUCAAAGCAAGACGAAGAUAAUGGAACUAAUACGACGAAAUAUGGAGACAAUAACAACAACACUAUGAUUGUGAGCAUAAAUAACGGUGCCAAUGUGAAGAAGGACGCGCAGCCCCUACUAUGGCCUGCAUGGGUCUAUUGCACAAGGUACUCAGACAGACCAUCUUCUGGUCCACGCACGCGAAAGUUGAAAAAAAAGAAAAACGAGAAAGAAGACAAGCGACCUAGAACAGCUUUCACAGCCGAGCAGUUGCAGAGACUUAAAGCUGAGUUUCAGGCCAAUCGCUACAUUACAGAGCAAAGGAGGCAGACCCUGGCCCAAGAACUCAGCCUCAACGAGUCACAGAUCAAAAUCUGGUUCCAAAACAAGAGGGCGAAGAUCAAAAAAGCCAACGGCCUCAAGAACGGCCUGGCCCUCCAGCUGAUGGCACAGGGACUAUACAAUCAUUCCACCACCACGGUUCAGGGCGAGAAAGAAGACAGCGAAUGAUCUUGCUUUUAAAAUAUACUCUAAAGACAAUGAGAAAAGAGGAAACAAGAGAUUUUGAUGAAUAAGUAAGCGAAUGGACUG